CCGAGCCCAGUCUGCUGCAGGACCAGUGCCACGCAGCCCGACACUGUCCGGGGCUGCCGCGGUGCUGCUGCUGCUGCUGCUGCUGGGCAAGGAGACCAGCAGCCCGAGGGCAGGCUGGAAAUUCUGGUCCGGGAAAGGGAAGUGUGAGCCUGUUGACGCUGCAUUGCUUCAAAAUAGAUGCCGUCUCUGUAGCCUGGGCUUAAGAAUCUUCCCGAGGAUGCUUGCCAGAGCGUAAGGAGUGAUAACUACUGUCUGGGAGCUGAAUUGGGAAAAAAGGACAGCAGUGAAAGAAUGCUUAGCAAGUGAUGCAUAAAUGGAUGGACGUGUACCUAGAAAACCCUGUGAGAAGUCUUUCACUGGAUCCUGGGAAUUUUUAUUUUUGUGGAUUACAGUAAUUCUUGCAAUAAUCCCUGCUGUUGACUGCUCAUGCAGUUGUUCUGGCAUGCAUCUAUGAAUACCAUAACAGACAAAUCAGUCUGACAAGGAAAAAAACUAAUGUUGGAAGACCUGUGAACAUGAUGCAUGUGAAUAAUUUCCCCUUUAGGAGGCAUUCAUGGAUAUGUUUCGAUGUAGACAAUGGUACAUCAUCAGGACGAAGUCCCUUGGACCCCAUGACAAGCCCUGGGUCAGGGCUGAUUCUUCAGGCAAAUUUUGUCCACAGUCAGCGUAGGGAGUCUUUCCUUUACCGGUCAGACAGUGAUUAUGAUCUGUCUCCAAAGUCCAUGUCCAGGAAUUCCUCCAUUGCCAGUGAUAUACACGGAGAUGACUUGAUUGUGACACCAUUUGCUCAGGUUCUGGCCAGCCUGCGUACAGUCCGGAAUAACUUUGCUGCAUUAACCAAUUUACAAGACCGGGCACCCAGCAAAAGAUCACCCAUGUGUAGCCAACCAUCUAUUAACAAAGCAACUAUAACAGAGGAGGCCUACCAAAAACUGGCUAGCGAGACCAUGGAGGAGCUGGACUGGUGCCUGGACCAGCUGGAGACCCUGCAGACCAGGCACUCCGUCAGCGAAAUGGCCUCGAACAAGUUUAAAAGAAUGCUCAACCGUGAGCUAACCCACCUCUCUGAAAUGAGCAGGUCAGGCAAUCAGGUCUCAGAAUAUAUAUCAAACACUUUCUUAGACAAGCAACAUGAAGUUGAAAUCCCUUCUCCGACACAGAAAGAGAAAGAGAAAAAGAAGAGGCCAAUGUCCCAGAUCAGUGGAGUCAAAAAACUCAUGCACAGCUCCAGCCUAACUAAUUCCAGUAUUCCCAGGUUCGGAGUUAAAACAGACCAAGAAGAUGUCCUUGCCAAGGAACUUGAAGAUUUGAACAAGUGGGGCCUUCAGGUUUUCAGAGUAGCAGAGUUAUCUGGAAACAGACCUCUGACUGUCAUCAUGCACACUAUUUUUCAGGAGCGGGACUUGUUAAAAACUUUUAAGAUUCCAGUAGAUACUUUAAUAACUUACUUGAUGACUCUGGAAGACCACUACCAUGCAGAUGUGGCAUACCACAAUAACAUACAUGCUGCAGAUGUUGUUCAGUCAACCCAUGUCCUACUAUCAACACCAGCAUUAGAGGCGGUGUUUACUGAUUUGGAGAUUCUUGCAGCAAUUUUUGCCAGCGCAAUACAUGAUGUAGAUCAUCCUGGAGUUUCAAACCAGUUUCUUAUCAACACAAAUUCUGAACUCGCCUUGAUGUACAAUGACUCAUCAGUCCUGGAGAAUCAUCACUUAGCUGUGGGUUUCAAGCUGCUGCAGGAAGAAAAUUGUGACAUUUUCCAGAAUUUGACCAAAAAACAGAGACAAUCAUUGAGGAAAAUGGUCAUUGACAUUGUACUUGCAACAGAUAUGUCUAAGCAUAUGAAUCUACUGGCUGAUUUAAAAACUAUGGUUGAAACUAAAAAAGUGACCAGUUCUGGUGUCCUGCUUCUUGAUAACUAUUCAGACAGGAUUCAGGUUCUUCAGAAUAUGGUGCACUGUGCAGAUCUGAGCAACCCUACCAAGCCGCUCCAUCUCUACCGCCAAUGGACAGACAGAAUAAUGGAGGAAUUUUUCCGUCAGGGAGACCGGGAAAGAGAGAGGGGAAUGGAGAUAAGUCCCAUGUGUGAUAAGCACAAUGCAUCUGUAGAAAAAUCGCAGGUGGGUUUUAUAGAUUACAUUGUUCAUCCUUUGUGGGAGACAUGGGCAGAUCUCGUUCAUCCGGACGCCCAGGAUAUCUUAGAUACACUGGAGGACAAUCGAGAAUGGUACCAGAGCACAAUCCCUCGAAGUCCCUCUCCUGCACCUGAAGAAAAAGAAGAGGGAAAGCAGGGUCAAACUGAAAAAUUCCAGUUUGAACUAACACUGGAGGAAGAUGGUGAGUCAGACACCGAAAAGGACAGUGGAAGUCAAGUAGAAGAAGACACCAGCUUCAGUGACUCCAAGACUCUUUGCACCCAGGAUUCAGAAUCCACUGAAAUUCCUCUUGAUGAACAAGUAGGGGAAGAAGUGGAAGAGGAGGAGAACCAAACAGCAGAGCCUUGUAUGGUAGAAGAACAUUCUCCUGACACAUAACAAUGAAAACGCAGUAUCUUUCUCUCUUUCUCUCUCCCUUUCUUUUCCUUUUUC